UGCGUCACAUUGCAAGUUAUCACUGCAUUUGAUAUUAAACGAACAAAUAACAAUUAAUCUAAUCUCACAGUAUUAUAUCGUGUGGAUAUCAUUUAAGUCUUGAGAUACGACACAAUCCUACAGCCUGUUACACUGAUCGGAACUCUAAAACGUGAAAAGAAAAAAAAAAUAUCAUGUUUCAACUUUGAUAAUACCUUAUUGUGAAAAUGAGUAAAAGCGAGUCAAAAUAUAUGCCAUUUUUGCGACAGUGCUUCGUGACGGCGAGCGUGGCACUGAACAUCGUGGGUCAUGGUGCGGUGAUAGGGUACGCGGCUGUGCUCAUCCCCGCUCUGCGCAGUCCCGACUCGCCCAUAAUCGUCACGCCCAGUCAGGAGUCAUGGAUAGCUUCCAUCAUCGGUUUCGCGCUUAUAGUUGGAAACUUUAUCAUCACACCCUUGAUGGACACAUUAGGCAGAAAGAAGUCGCACUUGCUGACCAUCCUACCCAACAUGACGGGCUGGUUCAUGCUGCUGAUGGUGAACAAUGUGGCAGGCCUCAUCGUCGCUAGGUUCCUGCAGGGAAUAGCCAUGGGCAUGUUAGGACCUCUCGGCUCGAUCAUCAUCGGAGAAAUGACAGACCCGAUAAACCGUGGCGCCUUUUUAACUAGCGUCUCUCUUUCUCUCACUAUCGGUGUCCUUUUCUCUCACGCAUUGGGAACAUACUUUAGUUGGCAACAGAACGCACUUAUUUGUUCAUUUAUUACUUUUAUAAGUUUAAUAUUAAUUAUAUACGCUCCAGAAUCUCCAUCUUGGUUGAUAUCAAAAGGACGUUAUGAGAAAGGAAGCGAAAUUUUUUUCUGGUUAAGAGGAAAAGAUGAAAGACAAAGAAUGGAAUUAGAAGAUUUAAUCGCAGCCCAAAAGAGCGCUAGGAAAUCCAGCAUUGGUGAAGAGAACCAAACCAUCAGUGUACGAGUUAAAAGAUUAUUUAAUUAUUUAAAUAAGACAUCUAAAAAACCGGAGUUUUACAAGCCUAUUUUAAUAAUGUUUCUUUUGUAUACGAUGUUCCAAUUUGCCGGUAUAAAUGUUUUAAGUUCGUAUGUCAUGGAUAUAGUUCAUCAAUUGAUCGGACCAGAGGCGAAUGCUAAAGUCAUUAUGGUAGCAUUAGACAUUGAGCGAUUGAUCUGUAAUCUUUUAGCUGUAUUUCUUAUGAAAACAAUGAAACGAAGGACUUUAUUAUUCAGUACAGCUGGGAUUUGUGUACUAUCUUAUUUGGGUAAAGCUGGUUAUUUGUAUUGUAAACAAAAUGGCUUAUUACCCUACGAUAAUCAAUGGAUUCCUUUAUUUUUGAUAGGUACAUAUAUGUUUUCGUUAACGAUAGGUAUUUCUUCAAUACCAUUUGCUAUAUCUGGGGAAAUCUUUCCAUUGGAAUAUCGAGGAUUGGGUGGUGGUAUUAGUGUUUGGGCUUUAUCAUUAAAUUUCUUCGUAGCUGUAAAAUCUUUUCCUGUAUUGAUAGAUGCGGUUGGUUUACCAAUCACUUAUUGUCUUUACGCUGGUAUUCUGGUUGUUUGUCUUAUAAUUAUUUAUUUCUUAAUGCCAGAGACAAAAGAUAGAACUCUUCAAGAUAUAGAGAACAGUUUUCGAGGCUGGACGUCGGAGGAUUAUAGGAGUGGGCAACCUUUGAACGGGAAAGCAAUUACUGAAAUGCGUAGAUGUAGUUCUCAUAUACUUUAUUAAUCGUGGGUUUUUGAAAACAAGAUUUCCGUUUAAAACAACUUAGUGAUGACGAUAUGUUUUAUAAUUAUUCGGUCUCAGAAACCAACGAUAAGUUAGUUAA